CAUGAGGAUAAAUCCCAAUUAUUUCAUCUCUCAGGGCCUCCCAGGGCUCAGAGCAAGGCAGUAAGGUCUUCUCUGUUCACUUGCUUUGGCUUAGCCAUGAAACACACAAACCACAGCCAUCUGAACUCAGCCUCCUUCCUGCUCAUGGGAAUUCCUGGCCUGGAGUCAUCCCACUUUUGGAUUGCAUUUCCCUUCUGUGCCAUGUAUGCUCUGGCAGUACUUGGCAACACGGCAGUGCUGCUGGUGGUACGCUCAGAGCCUGCCCUGCACCAGCCCAUGUACCUGUUCCUAUGCAUGCUGUCCACCAUUGACCUGGUGCUCUGCACCUCCACCAUGCCCAAGCUCCUAGCACUCUUUUGGGCAAAUGCUGCCGAGAUCGCCUUUGGGGCUUGUGCUGCCCAGAUGUUCUUUAUCCAUGGCUUCUCAGCUGUAGAAUCUGGCAUCCUGCUAGCAAUGUCCUUUGACCGCUACUUGGCCAUCUGCUGGCCUUUGCACUAUGGGUCAUUAUUGCCCCCAGAGACUGUGAGCAAGCUGGGGGCGGCUGAAGUAUUUCGUGGCCUGGGGCUCAUGACCCCACUCACCUGCUUACUGCCACGGUUGAGCUACUGUAGCCGAGUGGUAGCCCACUCCUACUGUGAGCAUAUGGCAGUGGUAAAGCUGGCUUGUGGGGACACAAAGCCAAACAAUAUCUAUGGCAUCACAGCUGCCACACUAGUGGUGGGCACUGACUCCAUCUGCAUCGCUGUCUCCUACACACUCAUCCUGCGGGCUGUGUUAGGCCUCUCCUCCAAGGAGGCAAGGGCCAAGACCUGUGGCACUUGUGGUUCCCACCUGGGUGUCAUCCUACUCUUCUACACACCAGGACUAUUCUCAUUCUACACACAACGUUUUGGCCAGCAUGUGCCCCGGCACAUCCACAUCCUCCUGGCUGACCUCUACCUCGUCGUGCCACCCAUGCUUAACCCCAUCAUCUAUGGCAUGAAGACCAAGCAGAUCCGGGAGGGAGCCAUCCGACUGCUGAAAUGGGCCCCUGCUCAGUCAUAAAGUCUUCAACCCAGCCCUGGGGCUCUACUCUCUCCUUCCCUCAGCCUUGGACAAUGUUUGAGAGACCUGUGGUUCCCAG